GUGAGUUCUCUGUAACUUUUUCAUCUUAGGCGAGUUCAGAGUGCUCCACCCCUUGUAUCACAUUACUGCUCCAAAACGGAAGAAAUUGUGGCAGACUCUUCAGCUUCUUGGGAAGGGAAGAGCCCUAUGACAACUUUCUUUUGGGAACAGCCCAAGAAAAUUACCAGCAAAGUUCUCUCUGAAGAGUCAUAAAGUAGACAGCUCAUGACUUCUGAUCAGGACACUAAAGUUGUGGCUGAACCGCAGGUGCAGCAAGUACAAGAAGUAAAAGACAGUUCUCAUCUAGAACCAGCCAAGGUUUCUGAGUUAAACCCUAAUGCAAAAGUAUGGGGGAAUCAUAUGUUACACUUGGAAGCAAGUGGUACCACUGAUGGAAAUGUGAGCAAAGCCUGGGAAGAAAUAGCAGACCACCCUCCAGAUGCCUGCAAAGAAGGAUUGGAUGCCAACAGUAAUGGCGAUACAUAUCUGAAUGCAGUGUUAGCAGACCUGCAAGAACCAGUUUCAUUGUCAGACCAAACAGAUAUGAACACAUUGGUCUUGGACCAUUCAGAAUAUGAAUCGAUGCCUGAAAACCCCCAGACAGAAGAAAGUGAAGAAGUCCAGGAAGACCCCCGAGAAGUACUUAAAAAAACACUGGAAUUCUGCUUAUCUCGAGAGAAUCUUGCAAGUGACAUGUAUCUUAUAUCACAGAUGGAUAGUGAUCAGUAUGUGCCAAUAACAACAGUAGCUAACCUUGACCAUAUCAAGAAACUCAGUACUGAUUUGGAUUUAAUUGUUGAAGUUCUUCGAUCAUUGCCUUUAGUCCAAGUGGAUGAGAAUGGAGAAAAGGUCAGGCCAAAUCAGAAUCGCUGCAUUGUUAUAUUGCGUGAAAUACCUGAAUCUACUCCUAUAGAAGAAGUAGAAGCACUCUUCACGGGAGAUAACUUGCCUAAGUUUGUCAAUUGUGAGUUUGCCUAUAAUGAUAAUUGGUUUAUAACAUUUGAGUCAGAAGCCGAUGCACAACAGGCUUACAAAUACCUGAGAGAAGAAGUGAAAAUUUUUCAAGGAAAACCAAUAAAGGCACGGAUAAAAGCAAAGGCUAUUGCUAUAAACACAUUUUUGCCAAAGAAUGGAUAUAGACCUCUGGACAUGAACCUUUACACACAGCAGCGUUACACAACAUCAUUUUACUUACCUCCAGUAUACAGUCCCCAGCAACAGUUUCCAUUGUACAGCUUAAUUACCCCACAGACCUGGUCAGCUACGCAUAGUUAUCUUGAUCCAUCCUUGGUAACACCAUUUCCAAAUACUGGAUUUAUCAAUGGGUUUACAUCUCCCACCUUCAAACCUGCAGCAUCUCCUCUAACUUCACUCAGACAGUAUCCUCCUAGAAACAGGAAUCCUAGUAAAUCUCAUCUGCGACAUACGCUACCCACUACAGAUAGAGGACCUGGACUAUUAGAAAGUCCUACAAUAUUUAAUUUCUCUGCUGACCGCUUAAUUAAUGGUGUCCGGAGUCCACAAACAAGGCAACCAGGACAGAACAGAACACGGAUGCAAAACACUUCAACUUAUGCCAAGAGGGAUAUAGGAAUUGGGCGAAUGGAGCCGAAUAAUCUUGAAUCUUCUUCAGUUUUAGGUAGAGGGAGGAAAAAUUCCUAUGGCUUUCGGAAAAAAAGAGAGGACAAGUUUACAAGAAGUCAGACUCAGUCUCCAACACCACCAAAGCCUCCAUCUCCUAGUUUUGAAUUAGGCUUGUCUAGUUUUCCACCAUUACCUGGAGCUGCAGGCAAUCUGAAGACAGAGGAUUUAUUUGAGAACAGGUUGUCUAGCAUGGUAAUGGGAACAUCAAAAGAAAGACCCCUGAAUGUGGAUGCAAGUACAAACACUAUUCCUGCAGUAAUGCCUAGAGAGCCUUCAGUGUCAGGUUCUUCUGUUCUGUCAGCAGCUUAUGAACAGUCUCCUUCCCCAGUCCAGUUACCUGAAGAAUCCAAGAUUGUGGAAAACAAGCAGAGGGAAACACACAGCGUGGAACGGCUUCCUUGUGCCCUCACUCCCACUGCCUGUAGAUCGGUGCAAGUCAAUGGAGCUCCUGCAGAAUUGAGGAAGCCCAGUUAUGCAGAAAUUUGCCAGAGAACAACUAAAGAGCUGCCUCCUCCUCCUCCUCCUCCUCCUCCUCCUCCUCCUCUUUUACAAGCUCAGAAAGAACAGAAGCCAAACUCUGCUGGCUGUGGGAAAGAAGAGAAGAAGCCCACUGAGCCACCGGUGGAGAGAUGCCGAGAACCCCCUCCUUCAAAAUCAAAUCCAGUACACCCCAAAGACCAGAGGAGACAGUCAGGCCGCAGAUCCCCACCUCCAUCCUCUGGGAAGCGUUUGAAUAAGGAACAGAGCACACCUCCCCGAUCUCCCCAGUGAACCCUCUGUGUGUGUGUGUGGGGGGGGUGUGUGUAUGUGUGUGUGUGUUUGUGUGUG